CCGUCCGACUUCACAGAAAGGCUUGGCUGUUUUCUCGGAACUUAUCAUGCAUAUUGAAUGUCAUCAGUGGAACCAUUCUGAGAUAGAGAGAGUGAGAGCAAAAGAGAGACUCUGCAUUCCUGUACUUUUUUCCCCUGCUGUUGCAAGACUCACCCAAGCUGAAAACCUCAACAUCAAAGAUCAACCAGUGCACGCUCAGCUAAUGCAACAGUUGUGUACGGUUCAUUAACAGAAAAAGAGCCAAUAUCAAAGUGACUGCUCAUUUUCCCACGACUCGUACUGGUUGGACCAGGCGCGGAGUUUGAGAAUGAGCGAACGGCAGACGAACGUCAACAGUCUUUUUCUGAAUGAAGACUCGGCCAAGCGGAGCACCGCCGACAGCCGGGUGGUGCAGUUCCAAAAAGCGCUGCGGAAGCGAGCCGGUCGAGCUAAGAAAAGCCUAAGCAACAUCAGCCGGCAAAACGUCCAGAGCUUUCUUAAGAGAAACGCAUUUGUCGUUUUAACUAUCUUUGCGGUCAUACUGGGUAUAAUUCUGGGUUUUACCCUCCGCCCCUACAAGUUGUCCUAUCGUGAGAUUAAAUAUUUCUCUUUCCCUGGGGAGCUGCUGAUGAGGAUGCUGCAGAUGCUGGUAUUGCCACUCAUCGUUUCCAGCCUAGUUUCAGGAAUGGCAGCUCUGGACAGCAAGGCAUCUGGCAAAAUGGGAGUUCGGGCUGUGGUUUUCUACAUGACCACUACUAUCAUAGCUGUGUUCAUUGGAAUUGUCAUGGUAAUGAUCAUCCACCCUGGGAAAGGAUCAAAAGUUGACCUACAUCGGGAGGGAAAGAUCGAACAGGUGCAGGCAGCUGACGCUUUCAUGGAUCUAAUCAGGAAUAUGUUCCCACCGAAUCUAGUAGAGGCUUGUUUCAAGCAGUACAAAACAAAUUAUAACACACGACAAAUCCUGAAAUCAACAUCACCAUCCAUCAACCUUUCAACCAUCACUGAACCAUCCAUUAUUGACAAUGUAACUGAUGCUGUCAAAAAGCUGCAAGAAAUGAUGGUUUCUGAAGAGGUUAUUCCUGUUGCUGGUUCGUCCAAUGCAGUGAACGCACUGGGACUUGUUGUCUUUGCUAUUGGUUUUGGUCUUGUCAUCGGCAACAUGAAACAACAAGGCCGGGCACUGAAGGAAUUUUUUGACAGCCUUAAUGAAGCCAUCAUGAGACUGGUCGCAAUUAUAAUCUGGUAUGCACCUAUAGGCAUCCUCUUCUUGAUAGCAGGCAAAAUCAUUGAGAUGAAAGAUCUAAGUGUGAUGGGCGGACAACUGGGAAUGUACACUGUGACGGUGAUAAUCGGACUGCUAAUCCAUGCACUUGUUGUCCUGCCACUUCUUUAUUUUAUAAUCACACGCAAGAACCCCUGGAUUUUUAUUGGUGGAAUAUUGCAGGCAUUGAUAACUGCCCUUGGUACUUCAUCCAGCUCAGCAACUCUCCCAAUCACCUUCAAAUGUCUAGAAGAAAAUAAUGGUGUGGACAAACGUGUCACUCGCUUCGUCCUACCUGUUGGAGCCACUAUUAACAUGGAUGGCACAGCACUCUAUGAGGCCUUGGCCGCAAUCUUCAUUGCACAGGUCAACAACUAUGAUCUAAACUUUGGACAAAUCAUCACCAUCAGCAUCACUGCAACAGCAGCCAGCAUUGGAGCAGCAGGAAUACCUCAGGCUGGUCUUGUCACUAUGGUGAUAGUUUUGACAUCAGUUGGACUUCCCACAGAGGACAUCACCCUGAUUAUCGCAGUGGACUGGUUCCUGGAUCGCCUUCGAACUACUACCAAUGUGCUAGGUGACUCAUUGGGAGCAGGCAUUGUGGAGCACCUGUCGAGGCAUGAACUGCACACAGAGGAUACAGAAGUUGGAAACUCAGUCAUUGAGGAGAAUGAGAAACCUUAUCAGCUCAUCUGCCAGGAGCAUGAAAACCAGAAGCACGUGGAUAGUGAGACAAUGAUGUGACCAAGACCAAGCGAGAUCCAAUGUUGAAGAGAUAAACACAUACACAACUAUGUAAAUUGUGUGUCUGUGCAUUUCUAAUCAAACUAGCCAGCAAAGGAACAUCUAAAACAAUCUAAUUACUUAAGCAAGAAUCCUGCAAAAAUAGGGCAGACCUGUAUGCAUGUGUAUUUUCCAGUGCAUACCAUCUAUAUUUGUGCAUAUGUGAGUGCAUUCAUGUCCACACAAUGCCCACGUUUGUGUGUACACAUGUGCGAAUGUUUCUCAAUGGCUGUGAUCAUGUGUGUUUGUAUACAUUGCUGUGCAGGCGCACAUUAAUGACAAAAUUGUGGUUUGUGGAUAUUCAUCAGUUUAUAUGUGCAUAUCUGUAUGCAUUAUCCACAUAAGUGACAAGUAUUUAUGCAUGUGUACAGGUCUUUACACGUGUGUGUCUUUGUACAUGCAUGCGCAUGGUGUUUUUAACUGGAAAGGGUAACUUUUCUUUAAACAGGUAGUUCCCUCAGUAGCACUUUCAUAAUUGGGAGAGGAUUUCUCUUACGUGCUCUGCGAGAAAUCAUAAAAAUGUUUCUGAUUUUGCAGCACCCAGCAUCUCAUAGAAAACUUGGUCCAUUGUCAGAACAGAAUCAAUUUUCUUUAGAAAUACUUGAAGAAGAAAAAUAUUAAAGGGACAGAGAAAGGGCAGGGAAAUGGGGUGAAAAUAGAUUAGCCUUCAGGAAGCAUGAUCUGAAUAGACUCCAUCUAUACUGAAAAUAUUGUGAUAUUUUCUUGUGUUAAACCGGUUAAUUUUUUCAAAACCUUGCUGUUUUGACAGAUGUCCAACAAGGACCGAUUUUCUCCAUCCUUUGCAAGUCGUGCCUAUCCAUUUACAAAGUGGUGCUAAAUCCAUUUGAGUGUUAGGAGUGGAAUUUGACUUUAUAUGGGAAUAUGAUGCAUGUGAUGGUGGAUUGGAAAUCCGUCUCACAGCUUCACCUAUUUUAGUAUCCUUUGGAACCCAGAGGGAUUGCUGAAUAUCAGGCUCCACGGUGCAACAGGAGGAAAGGGACAUACAAGGCCUCAGAUCCUAUUUCCCUGUAUUGAUAUGAAAUACCUAACUUUUGAAUGUGGAGUCUCCAGAUUACCAAUGUCAAAACUAUGGCAAGUGAGAGAAAGGCCAAGCAAAUACCCACCACAAAUCCAGAUUUCAAUAUCCUCUUCAUAAUCCUUUCACAUUUCCAAAACAUUUUAACCUCCUACAAGGAAUUCACAGUAUGCCCUCCCCCCUUUCACUACAUUGUUCUGUCCCAUUUAUCAUGCUUUGUGAUCAUCAGGCCAGAAAUAAAACUAAGCAAAAUAUAAUUAAUUAGUUCUUGUAACAGAUAAACCCUGAUUCAAUAAUCUGGCAGGGUUACAUAGACACACGUUCGAUGGCAGGUCGAAUAACCUUAAGUCAGCCCUGACAAUAAUGUUGAAGUAGAUCCUUUGAGUAGCUCCAGGGACAGCAUCAGCUAAGCACAAUGACUUCUACACAGUUUCGUGGAGUCAGUAUGCAGAAGAGACAUAAAAUAUUUAGAUAUUAUGAAAAUAACAUUACCUAAUCUUAAAAUGAUCUCAUUGUCAGACGAUGUAAAAUGUAUGAUAUCUGUGAUGUAUUCCUAAUCUCUAAAUGAUAUGUGGCAUAUGAUCAGAAACUUGUACUCAAAUCCAAUCAAAACAUUGUACUUCCAUAACACUAAUUCACUCCUGAGUAAAGUCUCCUCUUUUAUUCCAUUACAAUGAUUUUGGGUGUGCACCUUGCUGCAAUUAAAUAUGUACUUAGUGACUUUUCAGUCAUUCAGCACUCCCAUCUUUGUCCUCUCUUCCAAAAGACUCAAUAGCUCUUAGUUGAUUUCAAAUGAUAUUCAGAUUAAUAUCAAUUUCCAAACACUGAGACAAAUGUUUGUUAUUCAAUUUAUUUAUAAAUGUUGUUAGUGUUAAAUGCUGAGAUAUACUGUGAACUUUCAGAGUAAGUUCCCUGUGUCUUCUGGAAGAAUGCAAGUAAGUUUUCUGAUUAUUAGAUGUGGUCAUGUAAUACCAAUAUGAGACUUGUCCAGGGUAAGACUUUAGUGCAAAAGUUCUGAGUAUGAGGACAGCAGGACAGUCAUAAAGACAGAAAGCACACAGAAGGUCAGGCGGCAUCUAUGGAAAGUGAAAAAGUGUCAAUGUUUCUUGUUGAAGAACCUUCAUCAAAGUGAAAGCCUUUGACCUGAAAUGUUAACUCAUUUUCUGUCUGUAGAUACUGCCAGACUUGUGGGGUUCUUCCAGAUUUUUUGAUCUGUAUUUCAUAUUUCCAGAUGCCGCAGAUUUUUUGUUUGAUUUUCAUUUAUUGGCUACGGAAAGUCUACCAGUACUAGGACAAGACCAGAGUUUACUUUGAUUUCUCAUCAAAGAUUGAGUAGGACACAGCCAGGAACCUCAGAAAAACAGCAAUCUUCUAUUUUUUUGGGUUUCCUCAAAAUGUCUACUUGUUCCUUAAAUGACUAAUGGUGGACCAGAGUAGGGAUUCUGUAAAGCAGGAGUUCCCUCUCCUGGUCAACAGACAGGCCUAAUAUUUAAGUCUUGAUCAUAAAGGGAGUGAGAAGUGUGCUGCUUGCUAUAAAAAUGCAUUUUUAUCCUGUAGUAAGUACCCUUGGGCUCCAAAAAGAAACAAAUGUUAAUUUAGAAUGUGACCAGAAGCCAUUCUGGUCAGACAUUCCUGUCUACCCAUACCCAGUAGAUAUCCUUAAUUCAUAAAUAUUGGCUCAGUGUGGUCUUGUUCUUAUUAUUGGCCGUGGUUUCAUCAUAUGCAAUUCAGUGAAAUAUACAAACCCAUGGGAUUACAUGUUUCACCAGGUUACAAAUCUUUACUAAUUUCUUGGAUGUUUUUAGAUCAUAAACGUCGAAGAUCCAGCAGGUUUAAAAAUGAUCAUAAUGGACCAAACGGAGUGGUUUGAGUGAGGUGGAUUUCUUGCAGAGGUUCACAAAUGACACCCAGACAAGCAGAAAUUCACUAAAAUGUCAUUGUUGUCUACUGUUGUUUUUCCUUUUUCUUCCCCUAUAUAUCUUCUCUGGGUCAAAGAGUGAUUUAAAAGAUAUAUUUCAUGAUUAAGUAAAGCUAAUAGUCACAGAUUGACAUGACAAGCACUGCAACUGACUGGCAGAUACAAACCAAGCAAUCUACACAUUUUCAUGACAUCAUUGUAGUCUUCAUGUUUUAGUGCUUUUUUUUAUGAUGUAUCAGCACCUGAUCAACCCUAAUUGGUAGUAGGAGAAAAGCCAUGGUUACUAUAACCUUAAUGUUUCCUUUCAUGAAUAAUUUGGAUGAAGCAGGCAUAGGCUGGUUUGUGUGCAGUGGAAGUCAGAUGGACAGAAGGUUGAAGGAAAUGCCAUCUCUGAGUACAUCUGAAGCCCAAAAUAUGAAAGGAAACUUACAGAACCAGGUGCAGUAGAAACCCCAUAAAAUAACCCUUGAUUGUUGAGCGGUUCUGAACACAAAUUAAUUGAACUGCAAACUAUAAUCGGAUGAUAAUUUGAGACGGAGAAACUAAAGUCACAUAUGUCGGUAUGUAUUACAGUGGUGUAAAGGGAAUUACAGAGGCAUGAGAGAGGAGCUGGCUGAAAUUGAUUGGAAAAGAACACUGGCAAGGAUGAUGGCAGAGCAGCAAUGGCUGAAAUUUCUGGGAGCAAUUCAGAAUGUGCAGGAUAUAUACUUCCCAAAGAAGAAGAAGUAUUCUAACGGCAGGAUGACAAGAGUAAGUCAAACAUAAAGGUCAAAGAGAAGAUAUAUAAUAGAACAAAAAUUAGUCGGAAGUUAGAGGAUUGAGAAGCUUUUAAAAAAACAACAGAAGGCAACUAAAAAGUCAUAAAGAAGGAAAAGAUGGAAUACAAAGGUAAGCUAGCCAAUAAUAUUAUAGAGGAUACCAAGAGUUUCUUCAGAUAUAUAAAGUAUAAAAGAGGCAAGAGUGGAUAUCGGACUGCUGGAAGAUGAUGCUGGAGACAUAGUAAUGGGAGAACAAGGAAAUGUGGAUGAACUGAAUAAAGUAUUUUGCAUCAGUCUUCACUGUGGAAGGCACAAGCAGUAUGCUGGAAGUCCGAGGGUGUCGGGGCAGAAGUGAGUGAAGUUGCCAUUACUAGGGAGAAGGUUCUUGGGAAACUGAAAGGUUUGAAGGUAGAUAAGUCAUCUGGACCAGGUGAUGUACAUCCCAGGGUACUGAAAGAAGUGGCUGAAGAGAUUGUGGAGGCAUUAGUAAUAAUCUUUCUAGAAUCAAUUCAAUCUGGCAUGGUUCUGGAAGAAUGGAAAAUUGCAAAUGUCACUCCACUCUUCAAGAAGGGAGAGAGGCAGAAGAAAGGAAAUGAUAGGCCAGUUAGCCUGACCUCAGUGGUUGGGAAGAUGUUGGAAUUGAUUGUUAAGUAUGUGGUUUCAGGGUACUUGGAGGACAUGAUAAAGGCGGCUGUAAUCCGGCAAACAUGAGGAAAUCUGCAGAUGCUGGAAUUUCAAGCAACACACAUAAAAAAUGCUGGUGAACGCAACAGGCCAGGCAGCAUCUAUAGGAAGAGGUACAGUCGACGUUUCAGGCCGAGACCCUUCCACAGUAGGCUGUAAUCAGCCUGGUUUCUUCACAGGAAAAUUCUGCUGGAAUUCUUUGAAGAAAUAACAAGCAGGAUAGAUAAAAGGAAAUCAGUUGAUGUCGUGUACUUGGAUUUUCAGAACGCCUUUGACAAGUUGCCACACAUGAAGCUGCUUCACAAGUUAAGAGCCCAUGGUAUUACAGGAAAGAUACUAGCAUGGAUAAGGUAUUGGCUGAUUGGCAGAAGGCAAAGAAUGGGAAUAAAGGGAGCCUUUUCUGGUUGGCCACCGGUGACCCACAGAGGUCUGUGUUGGGACCGCUUCUUUUUACGUCAUAUGUUAAUGACUUGGAUGGCUUUGUGGCCAAGUCUGCGGAUGAUAUGGAGGUAGGUAGAGGGGCAGGUAGCUUUGAGGAAGUAAUGAAGCUACAGAAGGACUUAGACAGGUUACAAGAAUGGACAAAGAAGUGGCAGAUGGAAUACGGUAUCGGAAUGUGUAUGGUCAUGCACUUCAGUAAAAGAAAUAAAAGGGUUGACUAUUUCCUAAAUGGUGAGAAAAUUCAAAAAUCAAAGGUGCAAAGGGACUUGGGAGUCCUUGUGCAGAAUUCCCUGAAGGUUCAUUUGCAGGUUGAGGCAGUGGAGAGGAAAGCAAAUACAAUGUUAGCAUUUAUUUCAAGAGGACGAGAAUAUAAAAGCAAGGAUGUAAUGUUGAGGCUUCAUAAAGCACUGGUGAGGCCUCUCUUGGAGUAUCGUGAACAGUUUUUUGCCGUUUAUCUAAGAAAGGAUGUGCUGACAUUGGAGAGGGUUCCAAAGAGGUUCAUGAUUAAAAGGUUUGUCAUAUAAGGUACAUUCAAUAGUUCUGGGCCUCUAUUCACUGGAAUUGAGAAGAAUGAGGGGUGACCUCAUUGAAACCUAUCGAAUGUUGAAAGGCCUCGAUAGAGUGGAUGUGGAGAGGAUAUUUCCCAUGGUGGGGGAGUCCAAGACCAGAGGAUACAGCCUCAGAUAAAGGGGCAUCCUUUAAGAAUGGAAAUGAGGAGGAAUUUCUUUAGCCAAAGAGUGGUGAAUCUGUGGAAUUUGUUGCCACAGGUGGCUGUGGAGGCCAAGUCAUUGGAUGUACUGUAUUUAAAGGAGACGUUAAUACAUUCUUGAUUAGUCAGGGCAUGGCAGAAUACGGGGAGAAGGCAGGAGAUUGAGGUGGAGAGGGAAAAUGGAUCAGCCAUGAUGAAAUAGUGGAGCAGACUUGAUGGGCCAAAUGGCCUAAUUCUGCUCCUAUAUCUUAUGGUCUUAUGGAUAAGAGUUUUAAAUCUAAUGAGCCAGAAGUUGUAAUUUGCAUCUUUUUUAUCUUCCAAUGUAGGAUGCCAUCAUCUCCAAACUUUUGCAUACUAUGAAUGUGAUUGCAGCAACACUCCAUAAAAGGGUUUGACAGUCCCUGCAAUUUGCUUGGAAUACAUUUAUAAAACAUCUUUUCUGACUUCAGGACAUGACAAAGUGACUUGCAAUGAGUAAAAUACUCUGAGGUAUAGUCAUUCUCAUAAUGCAGAUAUUAUAUCAGCCAGAAUGCUGACAGCGAUAUGAUAAUAGCAAUUUGUUUUAGCAAUGUUAAUUAAGGUAAAUAUGUGUGCAUAUUUCUGUGAAUGAAGAACAACAUAGCUGCUUCUGUAAUGGAACAGAAAGUGCACUUCACACGUCUGACAGCUGACUCCUCAUUCUGCUUGUAGGACCAAAGAGUUAAUGCAAUUAAGGAGCAUAUGAUGUCACAAAAUUAAAAUGACUUACUUUGAAAUUACAGACGACAAGUUAAUUUUGAUGACACAAUAGAUAUACAUCUAAGGGUAUUACUUCUUUGCCUGAUAUUUUAAAUAAGGUACUGGCCCAUUGCAAAUAAAUAGGUGAGUACUUAUGUUAAAAUAGCAAAGGAAUAUCACUUUAGAACAUCGGACAUAGAAUGGUACUGGUCUUUGGCCCAUAACGUUGUGCCAAUCUUUUAAUCUUCCUUCCUUCCUUCCCACACAGACCUCCAUUUUUCUAUUAUCUGUGGGCUUACAGAUCAAAUGGUGAAUGGCCUUGAUAGAGUGGAUGUGGAGAGAAUGUGGGGGUGUCAAGGACCAGAGGACACAGCCUCAGAACAGAGGGACGUCCUUUUAGAAUGGAGAUGGGGAACUUCUUUAACCAAAGAGCGGUGAAUCUCUGGAAUUCUUUGCACAGGCGGUUGUGGGGGUCAAGUCUUUAUGUAUAGUCAAGGCAGAGGUUGAUAGAUUCUUGAUUGGUCAGGGCAUGAAGGGAUACGUGGGGAAAGCAGGAGAGGAAAAAUGGAUCAGCCAGGAUGAAAUGGCAGAGCAGAUUCAAUGGGCCAACUGGUCUAAUUCUACUCCUGUAUCUUAAGGUCUUAUCUAAGAGUCUCUUAAAUGAGCCUAAUGUAUCCGCUUCACUACCACAUCUGGCUGCACAUUCCACACACUCAACACUGUAUAAAAACUUACCUCUGACGUCCCCCUAUACCUUCCUCCAAUCACCUUAAAAUGAUGCCCCCUGGUACAAGCCUUUUCUGCCCUGGGAAUAAGUCUCUGGCUGUACAUGCAAUCCAUGCCUCAUAUCAUCUUGUACACCCUAUCAAGUCACUUCUCAAUCUGCUUUGCUGCAAAGUAAAAAAAAGCCCCAGCUUGCUCAACCCAACCUCAUAAGCCAUGCUGUCCAAUCCAGGCAGUAUCCUAGUAAAUCUCCUCUGCACUCUCUCUAAAGCUUACACAUUCGUCCUGUAUGUGGUGACCAGAACCAAACUCGGUAUUCCAAGUGUGGUCUAACCAGUGUUACAGAGCUGCAACUUCACCUCACAGCUCUUGAACUUAAUCCCCCAACAAACAAAGACCAACACAAUACACCUUCUUAAGCACCCUAUCAACUUUUGUUGCAAUUUUGAGGGAUCUAUGGACAUGGACCCCAAGACCCCUCUGUUCCACCACACGGCUAAGAAUCCUGCAAAUAAGAAUCCUGUAUUCUGCCUUCACGUUUGACCUUCACACUUUUCCAGAUUGAAGUCCAUCUGCCUCUUAUCAGCCUAGCUCUGCAUCAUAUUAAUGUCCCGUUGUAACUUACGACAACCUUCUAAGCUAUCCAGAAAACUUCUGUGCCAUCUGCAAACUAACUAACCCACCCUUCCACUUCCACAUCCAAUUCAUUUAUAAAAUUCACAAACAGCAGGGGUGCCAGAACAGAUCCUUGUGGCACACCACUGGUCACCAAACCUCAGGAAGAAUUCACUCCAUCUGCUACCACCCUCUGCCUUCUGUGGGCAAGCCAAUUCUGUAUCCACAUAGCUAAAUUUCCCUGGAUCCCAUGUCUCCUGACUUUCUGAAUGGACUACCAUGGGGAACCUUGUCAAACUCCUUACUAAAAUCCAUAUAAACCACAUCCAUCAAUUUGUUUUAUCACUUCCUCGAAGAAUUUUAAUUACUACCUGCAAUUCCUCGGUUUAAGGAAGAGUUAGAUUGAACUUAGAGGAGGUUAAAAGAUCAGCAUAACAUGUAUGUGCUAUUCCAUGUUCUGUGUAACAAUAUGUCUCUUCAAGUGUUUCGUGUUCAAGUCAACUUGCCUGCACCAGCACAGAAAGAGAAUAGACUACUUGAGGUGACUGAGUGUUGGCCUGCUGAAUGACACAAACAUCAUUUACAACAAAACCCUGCCAAACUACAUAUUGAAUCUGUGUAGAUAAAGCUAGGUUGAUAAAAGGAAUAAUAUAAAGAACAUUGCACUACUGCAGUCAAAAAUUUAGCUUGCUGAGAGAAAGGAAUUGUAAACCCCAUCCUAAUCAGAAAAUAUAACUAAAAAAAUUGAACCAUAGGAAUGAACUGUAAUCGACAGUGUACCUAAGAGUCUCGCAUGAAUUAUCUGUAAUAGCUGUCUAAUAGGUACUUAAUCAGUAAGGGCAUUAAAGGUUAUGGGGAGAAGGCAGAAUAGAGUUUAGAGGGAAAAUAAAAGAACCACGAUUGAAUGGUGGUACAUAGUCAAUGGGCUGAAUGGCCUAAUUCUGUUCAUAUGUCUAUGGUCUUAAAAAUGUUAUAUUUCUUUUUCCAAUAGAUUAUCACACUGCACAUGAUCACACAUUUUAGUUUUUACUGAUUACACUGGACAACAAAUAUUUUGCUUCCUGAAUACUUUUGGGUGUAUCUUGUGGAUUUUGGACUGUUGAUUAUGAAAAUCACCAUGAAAUUUCCCUAUCAUUCACCAUUUUUCAAACAUCGCCUAUAUAUGUUAUUUCAACUCAGAAUUCAAGUCAAUUAAAAUGUUGCCCAAAAUGCAAACUGAAAAGUUUUCUACCUUGUUCAGGCAUGACUGAGCAGGACAGGUUUUAGAAAGGCUCUAAAAGCAUCACGCACACACCGUUCUAUGCAUUGCCUUUACAUGUAUAUCAGUUUACAAUCACAUUGAUGCGCUUGCUCUACACACAUAGUAUAUUCUGUGUACUCAUUAUAAUAAAGUAUUUGUAUUUA